UCAUAGUGCUCGGAACGGGCCUCAAAGAAUGCAUUCUCAGCGGCCUUCUCUCAGUUGAUGGUCUCAAGGUUCUUGAUUCCAUUUGAAACCUUAUGAAACUUCUUUCUUGCAAAUCACAACAAAACGACUAAUUAACUCUGGCAUUAAUCACCUACCUAUUUAUGUAUUUGUAUUUUUGGUUAUGCGGAUACACAUUGUUAAUUAGUUUAUAUGUAUAAUUCCCCAGUGGUCAAAUUUCAAAUAUAUGUUUAUAACGUACUCUAGCUGUUUGAAUUUUGUCAAAUUGUACGUUUGAGAUGCAUUAAAAUAAGGGUCUUGUAGCUCAAGUGGUUAAGAGCAAUUACUCAUACACCCGAGGUCUUGUGUUCGAAUCCUCCUCCCCCUAUAUCACUUUAUAAAUAACAAAAAUGGAAAGGAAAAAAAAAAGAUGCAUUUACAUAAACUAAACACAAAUGGCUCACUAUUUGGCAUCACUUUGGUUGAUCAGUAUUUACCAUGGAUGACGGAUCUCACUCUGAUCAGGUACUGCAUAUGGAUAGGAAUGACUAUUAUGGAGGAGAGUCCACCUCUCUUAAUCUCAACCAGCUUUGGAAGCGAUUCAGGGGGGAGGAUAAGCCUCCAGAAACUUUGGGCUCAAGUAGAGACUACAAUGUUGAUAUGAUUCCCAAGUUCAUGAUGGCCAAUGGUGCUUUGGUUCGUGUCCUGAUUCACACCGAUGUUACUAAAUAUCUGAAUUUCAAGGCUGUAGAUGGUAGUUUUGUGUAUAACAAAGGGAAGAUCCACAAAGUACCAGCUAAUGAUGUGGAAGCACUUAAAUCUCCACUCAUGGGAUUGUUUGAGAAGCGUCGUGCUCGGAAGUUUUUCAUUUAUGUGCAAGACUAUGAUGAGAAUGAUCCAAAAUCUCAUGAAGGCCUGGACCUCAACAAAGUUACAGCGCGAGAGCUUAUUUCGAAGUACGGGCUAGAUGACAACACAGUUGAUUUCAUUGGGCAUGCGCUAGCGCUCCACCGAGAUGAUUCUUACUUGAGCGAGCCUGCUAUGGAUUUUGUGAAGAGGAUGAAGUUAUAUGCAGAGUCUUUAGCACGCUUUCAAGGAGGAUCUCCUUAUAUUUAUCCCUUAUAUGGUCUGGGAGAGCUGCCCCAGGCAUUUGCUCGGUUGAGUGCUGUUUAUGGUGGCACCUACAUGCUCAGCAAGCCAGAAUGCAAGGUAGAGUUCGAAAACGGAAAGGCCUUUGGUGUGACUUCCGAAGGAGAAACUGCAAAAUGCAAAAAAGUUGUAUGUGAUCCUUCAUAUUUGCCUGACAAGGUGAAGAAGAUAGGGAAAGUUGCCCGUGCUAUAUGUAUUAUGAGUCAUCCAAUCCCAAGCACCCAUGAUUCUCACUCAGUCCAGGUUAUUCUACCCCAGAAGCAACUUGGACGUAAAUCAGAUAUGUACCUGUUUUGCUGCUCCUAUUCCCACAAUGUAGCUCCAAAAGGGAAAUACAUUGCUUUUGUGUUGACAGAAGCAGAGACCGAUAAUCCUCAGGUGGAGUUGAAGGCUGGCACAGAUCUCCUUGGGCCCAUAGAUGAAAUCUUCUUCGACACUUAUGACAGAUACGAACCUACCAACCAGAAUGAUGGGGACAACUGUUUCAUCUCUGCGAGUUAUGAUGCGACGACACACUUCGAGACUACUGUCCAAGAUGUGAUUGCCAUGUACAGCAAGAUAACUGGAAAGACUCUUGACUUGAGUGUGGACCUGAGUGCUGCCAGCGCUGCUGAAGAAUGAAAUUGUGGAAGAGGAACAGUUGCUGAAACAUUCUGUACUUACUUUUCCUCUAUUUUUAAAGUUGAAGAUUAUUCAAGUGUUCUGAGGUUGUAUUUCUUGAACAUUUUAGCUACUCUUUUGCUGAAAAAUUUGUUCCACUGCAAUGCAAACAGUGUAGAUUUUGAAUCUUCAAAGGAUAUAGAAUUCUUGUUUUUCUGACUCGAAUAAGUGGAUUAUACGGCAUGGCUAUGGGAAUUUUGAGUUAUGGAUGAAUCUGAUGAUUUGGAUUA